AUGAAAGUGCACCAAAGAAAGGACGGUGUUGAUAUAAUGAAAAUGAAAACUGGCUAUUUACGACUUAAAGAGUUGAAACAAGCAGAGAUAGGCAUUGUUCGUAAUGUUCAGUCUAUGUCAUUUCCUGAGCUUGUGAAUUUACAAGCCACUUAUCAUCUUUCAAAUAAAAGGUCUAUGAAGAAAAGUUUAAAGAAUACCAAGACGUCGUUAUACAAGUUAAAUCCGUUGGUAAAAGACGGCUUAUUGGUUGUAGGAGGACGACUCAAGAAAGCACAGAUUAAUGAAGAGUCAAAACACCCGAUAAUCCUUCCGUAUAGGCAUCACGUGACAAACCUUACAAUUCAGCAAUACCAUCAUAUGGUUGGUCAUAUGGGUCAGGAAUCUGUGCUAGCGUCAUUAAGAGAAAGAUUUUGGGUCGUAAAGGGACGAUCAGCAGUUCGCCAAGCUAUUCGAAGAUGUAUUGACUGUCAGAAGAGAAAGAAACCACCAAGUGCACAAUUUAUGGCAGAUCUGCCUCAAGAUAGAAUCAAAGCAUACGAACCUCUGUUUACGUUCAUUGGAAUUGACUAUUUUGGGCCAUUGGAGGUGAAACAGGGAAGAAGUCGAAUAAAAAGAUAUGGUUGCAUUUUUAUCUGUUUGAAUGUCCGAGCAGCAGUACAUAUCAAGAUCGUUCAUUCAUUGAACACAGAUGCAAUGAAUAACGCAUUAAGAAGAUUUAUUAGUUUACGAGGAUACCCUAAAUUAAAAGUGAUUGUGGGAAUAGAAUGGACAUUUAAUCCACCAAGUGCGAGUCAUAUGGGAGGCGCAUGGGAGCGGUUGAUAAGAAUUGUACAUCAGAUUCUUCGAGCACUGCUGAAAGAACAAAUAAUUGGAGACGAAGUCCUGUUAACCGUCGUGGCUGAAGCAACAAACAUUCUAAACAGUAGACCACUAACGCGAAAUAGUGAUGAUCCACGAGAUGAAGUACCACUAACCCCAAACCAUCUGUUACAUUUACGCCCGUAUUCUACAGGUAUAUUACCUCCUGGAGUGUUCACAGAGCAUGACCAUUACAAACGUAGAUGGAAACAAGCACAAUAUUUAGCUAAUCUUUUUUGGAAAAGAUGGAUAAAAGAGUAUCUUCCUAAUCUCCAAAUUCGACAGAAGUGGACAGAAAGAAAGGAAAACUUAAAAGUUGAAGUUCUCGUACUUCUCAUGGAUAAGAAUUACAGAAGAGGACAUUGGCCGCUUGCAUGUGUUGUUGAAGUGUUUCCAAGUGAAGAUGGUUUAGUUCGUAGUGUUAGUCUCAAGACAAGUUCAACAGUGGUCACUCGAGCCAGACGAACACGACGUGGAGAAAUAAAAACAACAACGACCUACCUUACCCGCCCAAUAACAAAACUAUGUCGUUUGGAAAUGGACACUGAAGAUAAGUACAAUUCAUGA